AUGAUCUGCGGAGAGGGUGACUACGUUAAGAAGCCUUCUUACAAGAUUGUCCCCCACUUCCUGGGCUUCAACAUCCCCACCGUCUCCAAGUGGAUCCCCAUCUUCGGUAUCUGGGGUGCUGCUGCCGGUAUCGGUGCUCUCUUCCUCAUCGAGGGUGUUCCCCGAACCCGACAGGACAUUCUCUCCAAGAUCCCCAUCAUCGGUGAGCACUGGAUCCGAGAGAUCCCUGCUUCCGACAACCCUUUCUAA